AUGAUUCAGUCUUCCAUCUUACACGAGUCAGAAUAUAUAGGCAGCGUCUCCACAUUCGGUGAGCCGUUCCUCAACGCCGUUCCAGGAUUUGGUGAAAACUUCACCAUACCUUUCGCCCUCGGCAGCAAGGAUGAAUACUUACUCUGGCUUUUCCAUUUUAUGGGUCAACUAAAAACCCAGUAUGGCGAGAAUGUUGCCAGGUAUGUUGUGGAGUAUAUCAAUGGCGACGACCUUGCAUUGCACACUUUGCCAGCUGACGAAGAAGAAAAAGAAAAAAUCUUCGCUUUGGCCAGCUCCGUCGUUUAUAGCACCCUCGGUUACGGUGUUUGCAUGGUUUAUAACAUGAAAUACUGUGACACUUCAAUGAGGCCGAUGAACUGUUUGAGAAAGUUUCAUCAGGAGUUUUGCAAGUACAAGCUUGAGGAUCUUGAAGAGUGGUUCGGUAACUGGGCGUAUGUGUUGCAGACAUUACGGGAUGAAGAUCAAAAUGAGGCUUACAAAUUUGCUCUAGAGCUCAAUGGGUUUACUGCCGAGGAAGUGGAACUCAUGAAGGAGAUUCAGGCUAACAAUGACGAAAAAAGAGAACUUAUUGCCCGUUAUUUGGAAAACAGUGGUUCUGACUAUAUCGAUCUUUCGAAAAGAGCGUAUGAUGUCAAUUCAAAACUUGGAAGUCCUCCACUCCACAAGAAGGCGGUUGACGGUUCGUGGUUUCUCAGUAAGCCCAAGAGAUUGGCGCUGGCGCCAUAG